AACCUAUAAAAGAAAGCUGAUUAUCCUCUGCGGUGUCCGCAAGACAAGCCAGUAGCGUUGGUCAAACCAUUCACCCACCCGUCACUUUACUUUCUAAACUGCCCUCAGUCCUCACCAUUUAUAUGGGAAAUCGUUGAUCGAGCUGUGUAUGCAAUACUCGUGGGUAUCGGCUAUGGAGGACUAUUUUAGCAGCGGCGACGAAUUCUGGUACCACGAUCACUGCGACGACGACGAUGAUCGAGACGCUUCGUAUGGGUUACAAGAGAUUGAGACCGAGGUGCCUUUGCCCUUUACCAAGGUUCCGUCCAGCGAGGUAAUCACAAAAGAAUCUCUUUUGGCUGCACAGAGAGAGGACUUGCGCAGGAUAAUGGAUUUGCUUUCAUUGAAGGAACACCUUGCGCGAACCCUACUCAUUCAUUAUCGCUGGGAUGUUGACAAGGUGAUUGCGGUUCUUGUAGAGAAGGGGAAAGAUAAGUUAUAUGAAGAAGCGGGUGUGACAGUUUCGGAGCAUGAUGACAAUCUUUCCUCGGAGCUUUCUUCGACAGUUAUGUGCAUUAUUUGCAUGGAGGAAGUGUCUGCAAGUGAGGUGACAAAGAUGGACUGCGGUCACUACUUUUGCAACAAUUGUUGGACAGAGCAUUUUAUUGUGAAGAUAAAUGAGGGUCAGAGUAGGCGUAUUAGGUGCAUGGAAUACAACUGCUAUGCUAUUUGUGAUGAAGCGAAAAUCAGAAGUCUAGUCAGUGAAAGGGAUCCUAACCUGUCAGAGAAAUUUGAUCGCUUUCUUUUAGAAUCAUAUAUUGAAGAUAAUAAAAGGGUUAAGUGGUGCCCAAGUGUUCCCCACUGUGGAAAUGCUAUUCGUAUUAAAGAUGAUGAGUUUUAUGAGGUUGAAUGUGCCUGUGGUCUACAAUUCUGUUUUAGUUGCUUAACUGAAGCACACUCGCCUUGCACAUGUCUAAUGUGGGAACUCUGGACCAAGAAGUGCCAGGAUGAGUCAGAGACGGUUAAUUGGAUUACAGUCCACACGAAACCAUGCCCCAAAUGUCACAAGCUGGUUCAGAAAGAUGGAGGAUGCAACUUAGUAUGCUGCAUUUGUGGACAAGCAUUUUGUUGGCUCUGUGGUGGCCCAACUGGUAAAGAACAUACGUGGACAAGCAUCAGUGGUCACAGUUGUGGCCAAUACAAGGAAGACCAGGAGAAGAAAACUGAGCGUGCAAAGAUGGACCUACUCCGCUACAUUCACUACCAUAACCUAUUCAAAGCUCAUACGGAUUCUUUUAAGCGUGAAGCUGAGUUGAAGGAAACCAUACAAGAAAAGAUAUCACAUCUGGAAGAAAGAGAAUCAUCUAAAGAUUUCAGUUGGGUUAUAAAUGGACACGACAGACUCUUCAGGUCAAGGCGGGUUCUUUCCUAUUCUUACCCAUUUGCAUAUUACAUGUUCAGUGACUUGUUCAAACUUGAAAUGACAAAAGAGGAAAAAGAAAUAAAACAGAGCUUGUUUGAGGAACAACAGCAGCAGCUUCAUGCAAAUGUUGAGAAGCUUUCAUUGUUUUUGGGGGAGCCUUUUGAUCGAUACCCAGAGGAUGAAGUUGAGGAACUAAGAAUGAAGAUCAUAAAUCUUUCUGUGAUUACUGACAGACUUUGCAGAAAAUUGUACGAAUGCAUUGAGAAUGAUUUGUUGGAUUCAAUCCAGCUGGCACCUCACCGUAUUGCUCCUUACAUGUCAAGGGGCUUAGAGAAAGCGUCAGAUCUUUCAAUUUGUUGGGAGACCGAGGCCUGAAUGCCACAGCUGCAAUUCUCUUACAUGUUUUAUUGGAAGAGGAUUGGAAGAUAUAAAUAAAAGGAACACGUCUUUCAAAAGCUACUGACACAUACGUAUGGAGGAGGAACAAUGGAACCUCUUCAUUGACCUUCAUAUGGCUUUGAGAGUUCAAAUAUGGACCCUCUUCUGAGAAACAUCCAGAAAAUUAACCCUAUUGAUCUAAGCUUGACUGCAGAUGUGACAUAUAGGAGGUGAUUUGUUAUGGGGGGCCUAUAUCUGCAUCUUUAACUUCAUACUGGUCCCUUGUUAUUACCUGGUUGAUGUGUUGCUAUGAGAAUCAGCAUUCACUCUC